GACUUUAAAGUGCAUAGUUCUGAUAAGAACUGGCUGAGAUAAAGUGUGGAUUGUCACAGGGCCUUGCACAGUUAAACAGAUGUCUUGUGGAUGACGGCUUUGUGGAUUGCCAUGUCAUUCUUAUUUCAUGUUUUCUUCAAAAUGAUAGGAUUCUUUAUUCUUCUGCUAGUGGUCGGAGCUAGGUCCUCUGGCCUUAAUGGAAUGUUGGAGAGCAUGAUGACUGAAGGCACCAAUGGAGACUCUUCAGGAACAGAUGACCAGUUCUUUGGGUCAUGUGACUUUGAGCAAAGCACCUGUGGGUGGAAUGAUACCAGCAAGGAUCAUUUUAAAUGGGGGCUGGAGAUGGCCAACAUCAGUUCCAUUCCGGGCCUUGACCACACCACUGGGACGCCAUGGGGGAAAGUCAUGCAUGUAGGGGGAGAGAGGCCGAACUUCUAUUCAGAGGCCGUGCUGGAGAGACCCUUACUUAAGCCUACCACUCUGGCCUGCCAGAUAAGUUUCUGGUACCAUCUCCAUGAUGCUAGUGAAGUUAGCUCUACGUUUGUUCUGAGUGCCAUCACAAAUACCUCAGUCUCUGAGCUGUGGAAGAUAAGGAAGGGGAACACUAAUGGCUGGGAGAAUGCUACUGUUCACAUUGGGAACCGCCCUGAGGGAACACAGUUGGCGUUCUCCGUAAAUCCAUCAAUCAUUGGGGAACCACAUGUUUUGCUGGAUGACAUCACCUUUCCCAGCUGCAACGAGGGGGAUGUUCCUGCUGGUUUCGAUUUGCUCACCUGUGACUUUGAAAAGGACACCUGUGCCUGGUACCCUGACCUCUCUGCUAGCAUCAUGUGGAAAAGAUCUAAAAGUCCUUACAAUUCUUACCCUGGUCCAGCAGCCGACCACACCAGUGGCUCUGGCUAUUACAUGUAUAUUGGGACUGAUAGGACUACCAACCCCUCCAUGAGAGCCAGACUGAUAAGCUACCCUCAGAAGACUCAGUGCAUCAGCUUUUGGUAUCACAUCUAUGGUGGCAGUAUAGGUUCUCUGAAGUUCAUCACUAAGCAACCAGGUAAAAAGGAAACUGUUGUCUGGAUGAGAUCUGGAACACAAGGGAAAAAAUGGCGCUUUGCGGAUCUCAGUUUCCCGGCUAGUGAUCUUCCAUUGCAAUUCAUUUUUGAGGCCGUUCUGGGAGGGACCCACGGCAGCAUUGCGAUCGAUGACGUUGUGGUGUCGAACGGUGUGGAUGGGUCCUGUCCAGCGGAGCGAGAGUGCACCUUCCAAGGCUCCCUGUGUGGCCUGCAGGAUGACCCCUCUGCAGACUUCGCUUGGGUCAGAACCACGGCCAGCCUCUCCCCCAACACCUCCAGUCCAGCUGUGGACCACACCUUGGGAACCUCUCACGGAUAUUACCUCAGUGCAAAUCUUUGGAAACACGGCAGAGGCAGCAGAGGCCGGAUGCAGACCCGUGUAAAUGACGCGACCCCCGUGAGUGGGGAAUGCUGGAUGUUCUGGUACCACAUGGAUGGGCAGGACGUGGGAGAGCUCAACAUCUACCUCAACAAGUCCAGUGCCAGCCUCCAGCCUCUGUGGGGUAGGAGAGGGGACAGCCUCCAGCCUCUGUGGGGCAGGAGAGGGGACCAAGGUGGCCUCUGGAGACACGGCAGGGCUACUGUUCACAGUCCUGAUGCUCCUUACCAGAUUGUUUAUGAAGCAGUAGUGGGAAAUGGCUCAAUGGUUGAUAUUGCCAUAGAUGACCUAGAGAUCCUGAAUGGACCAUGUCCACCAGCAGGCUUCUGCGACUUUGAGAUGGACUUGUGUGGUUGGCUGAACAGACCACAUCACUCCUCAGGUGAAGACUGGGACUGGACCUCUGCUACAGCUUCGGGAAUGUUCAGUCCUGAUGUCGACCACACAACUAAUUCUGCCCUGGGACACUACAUGGUCCUGUCUCUGGGUGGUUGGGAAGAGAAAAUCGCACUUUUAGAGAGUGAACACAUGGAACCGCUGCCCAAUGGAUGCCUUCAUUUCUGGUUCCAUAUGGAAUCAUGGGGAGCUUCUGACAACGUGCAGCUCACAGUGUACAUGAAUGAGUCAGGCGUCCUGCACUCUCUUUGGAAGAAGACCGGUAACCAAGGUGCUGUGUGGAACGAGGUUAUGGUAGAUUACAUGGCAUCUGGUCAACACCAGAUUGUGUUUGAGGGCAAGAGUGACGGUGAUGACGGCGGCAUUGCCCUGGAUGAUAUCUUCAUUAGGACUGAUGUAACUUGUGCUGAGCUGCUUCCAACAACACCUUCGCCCACAACUGAAGCCACCACCCCUUCUGUCUCGCCCAUGGACUGCACCUUUGAGGAUGGUCUGUGUGAAUGGGAGCAGAGCACAGAGGAUGGUUCUGAUUGGCUCCGUCAGCGGGGUCUGCAGGCCGAUAGUCCCUGGCUGGGACCAGCAUAUGACCACACAGUUGGAAAUAACAAAGGAUUUUAUCUGGUGGUGAACAUGUCCGGAGAUCAGGCCCCUAAGCUGGCUACCAUCUCAGUCCCUGUGCUCAGUCCGGCUCCUGAGGUCUGCGUGGGGUUCUGGUUCUACAUGCUUGGCUCCUCUGUGUCCAGGUUGGACCUCCAGGUGCAGACGAGAAUCUCAGCAUCUGUAGCUUGGACAAGGGCUGGAACACAAACUGCUGAAUGGUUAAAUGCACAAGUUACCAUUCAUAUGGCCGACGUACAAAGAGUUCUUCUCUCAGCUCACCUGCACAACACUGGACAUGGAUUUAUAGCUAUUGAUGACAUCACAGUCAAAGAAGGACCGUGCCUGAAACAAGACCCCUGUGGUUUUGAGAGCCAGUCACUCUGUGGUUUCGAGGAGGAUGUCACCAGCAGUGGUCACUGGGUCCGUGUGAGUGGAACCCCGGAGAGGACGGACCACACCUACAGAACUCAACUCGGUCACUCCAUGGCGGUGCUCGCCACAGACCUCCAGAAGCCGGUCAUCACUCAGCUCCUGGCCCCAGAGAGAGACUCCACUCCUGGGAUGUGUCUGCGCUUCUGGCACUGGAUAUCAGCCGGUUAUAAUGACUCUCUCUCGGUGCGUAUACUACAAGAGGGGGAGCUGGGUCCAGAACUGUGGUCUCUGCCAGGAAACGUGUCAUCUUCUGGCUGGGCGGUGUCAGAGGUCACUGUAUCCUCUCCUUUCAGUUUCAGAGUGGCGUUCAGUGCUGAGCUGAGCCCUGCCCCUGCCUCGCGGAUGCUUCUGGAUGACGUGUCCCUGAGGGCGGGGGCCUGCACACCUACAGGGAGCUGUGACUUUGAGUCGGGCCAGUGCACCUGGCUGAGUCACGCCAGAGCAGCCCCCCAGGGCCACCACUGGGUCCACGCCGACGGCCACACUCAGGGGCCCAAGUUUGACCACACAACUCACACUCCAGACGGGAAGUUCCUGCUCAGCCAAACGCAAACCAGCAACAGUAAGGCGGAGCUGGUGUCAGAGUGGCUCCGGCCCAACACAGACACUUGCUUUUCUCUCUGGUUCCUCAUGGGGGAAAGUGACUCAGGGACACUGCGUGUGUCUGUGCGCACUGUGGACAAUGAGCAGAAACUACUCUUUGAAACUUCGAACGUUGCAAGUGGAGAGAGGUGGAGUCAGACAUCACGCUCUUUAAGUAGACCCUCUCAUUUUCAGAUUCUUAUAGAGGCCGAGUCUGGAGGUAAAGGAUUCAUAGCCAUAGAUGAUAUACUGCUGACCCCAGGGCUUUGUGGAGACAACGUCACCAUCCAUGAUUUUGCACCUUGCCAGUUUGAGAGUGGCACCUGUGGCUGGCAGGACGUCAGCGUGGGCCAGUUCCAAUGGCAGCGGGACCGCAAUGGCACCGCUACCGCUAACACCGGACCCACUGUUGACCACACAACAGGAACUGAACUGGGCUGGUACAUGGCUGUGGAGGCGGAUAAUGGUGAGCACAACAGCUAUGCCGUUCUCCAGAGCCCAGCCUUGGAACAGGCCAGUGCUGACUGCACCCUCCAGUUCUACUACCACAUGCUUGGGGAGGGUAUUGGAGAGCUGAGAGUUCUGCUUCAGGAAAGUUCCAGAUUGACCCCAUUGUCACAGAUAUCUGGUAACCAUGGAGAUAAGUGGCACCGGGCAGAGUUGGGAGUGGGUCGGACCCCACAGGUCUUCUACCUGCUCUUCGAGGCCACCCGGACCUUCAGUGAGCUUGGAGAUAUCGCUAUCGAUGACAUCAGCCUCCUCAACUGCACUCUGUCAGAGUCGGCUGAUCAUUGUUCUCCAGGACUUUUUACGUGCGCCAACGGCGUGUGUGUGGAGCCAAGCAGAGUGUGUGAUUUCACCGAUGACUGUGGAGACAGAAGUGAUGAGUCUGGAUGUGAAUCCCACGGUUACACCGAGCGCUGCAGCUUCGAACAGGGCCUGUGCUCCUGGGAGAGCGGUGCCGGGGUUCCUCGCGGGUCUAAAUGGACCUGGCAGAGAGGAGAAUCUGCCUGGCCUGCUCACGGUCCACCGAGGGACCACACACGCAACACUGCAGCAGGUUAUUAUAUUGUACCUGGAUAUCCACUUGGGCAAGGGCAGACAUCUGAGGUUCUCUCCGGUACCCUCCUACCAAGCUCAGGAUGCACUGUGCGGUUCUACCUGUACUCCCAGGGAGGAGGCCCCCAGGGCAGGCUGACGGUGCGCCUGAGGACGGAGCAGACUGGCAGCUCUGAUUCGGUGCUCUGGACCGGUGACGGUGACGGUGACAGUGACGGUGCCCAGGCCUUCCACUGGCGCAGGGCAGAGGCCACCUUCUCCUCCCGAGUCCAGAGCAAGAUCGUCUUCCAGUUCUUAGAGGAUGGAGAAAGACCCAGAGGACAGGUGGCUUUGGACGACAUCUCUUUUUCUCCAGAGUGUGCACACGACCCAGACAACAGUCAGCUGCCAGGCCCACCUAUCACCCCGACCACCACCCCUUCCUCCACUACACACCAGCCAUGCGGGGCUGGAGAGUUUUUCUGCUGGCGAUCAGAGGGUGUUAAAUGUGUUCCUGCCAACUCCCAGUGUGACUACCUGUUAGACUGCCCCCUAGGGGAGGAUGAGGAGAAAUGCGGUCCGUGCUCGUUUGAAUCCGGCGACUGCCAGUGGCGGGAUGUAAGUCAGGGCGUUAACCGGUGGCAUCUGCAGAGGGCGAGUGAACACACAGACCCUCCCGUGGACCACACCACAAGCUCAGGACACUACAUGCGGGUGAACUCCAGUGACGCUCCGCUGGGUCAGGAGGCCCUCCUCCAGAGCCCCCCUCUCCCUGCCUCCUCCCCAUACUGCCAGAUCCUCUUUCACUUCCACAUGAGCGGAUGGCAGCCAGGAAAUCUCAGUGUGUCACUCGAGAGUGCGCAAGGUCAAAGGUCACUCCUGUGGUCUCGCUCCAGGAACAGCGCUGCACUUUGGAGCCCAGAGCAUUUACCACUGGGAAAGCAGCAGCAGGGGUACACGAUAAUCUUCAGUAGUGAGGUCACAGAGACCCAGAACUCUCCUCUCAGUGCCAGAGGCUCUACCGCUCUGGAUGACUUCUCAUUUCACAACUGUGAUACAUCAUACCGACCACCAGACUUAACUGAUCUCAGCUGUUCCUUCGCUCAAGACCUGUGUGAAUGGCUUCAAGGGGCGUCAGAUGAUCUGGACUGGCAGAGAAGGUCUGGACCAACAAACACCUCCAACACGGGUCCAUUAGGUGACCACACCAGUAGCCAAGGGCAUUAUGUGUACCUGGAGAGCUCACACCCCAGCAAGGCUGGAGAAAUCGCUCAGUUGAAUUCUCCUCUGGUUCCCCCUGCUGGUCAGAAUGGGUACUGCCUCACAAUGUGGUACCACAUGUUUGGAGCGACAGUGGGUUCUCUGAAGGUUUUCAUUAAGGAUAUUGAGACUGGCGCAAAGGCUCUGGUAUGGCAGAGGAGACAAUCUCAAGGUGACCUGUGGCAGGUGAUGCGCCAUCAUGUAGUCACAGAGAAGGUCCACCAGAUCGUUCUCGAGGCUUCGGUAGGAGGACAUGCCGGCGACAUCGCCGUCGAUGACAUCGUAUUCGCCACAGGAGGCUGUCCUUUGUCAGACCUGUGUGACUUUGAGAAGGGAGACUGUGACUGGACCCAGCUAGCAGAUGAUGAUUUUGACUGGGAUCGCGGAUCCGGGCAGACCCCCACCGCAAACACCGGACCCAGCGUGGACCACUCGACCGACACAGGCAGCGGGCACUAUUACUAUUUGGAGUCGUCCAAUCGGCUGCCUGCCAAAACAGCCAAGAUGGCCUCCCCUGCAUUUCCCUCAGGCAAGGGCACGUGUUUGCAGUUCUGGUAUCACAUGUACGGCCAGGGGAUGGGGACGCUGAAGGUGUACCAGCAGCCCAUAGGGGGGCGAGCCAAACCCAUCUUCUCCAACACGGGGAACAUGGGAGAGCUGUGGAGGUUCGCCCAGGCUCCGCUGGAAGCCACUCCGGGAGCAGCCUAUAGAAUUGUUGUGGAGGGUGUCAGAGGACAGACCGAGCAGGGGGACAUGGCCAUCGAUGACGUGCUGGUUACCGACGCGCCCUGCCCUCUGGCGGGACGCUGUGACUUUGAGCUGAACGCGUGCGGAUGGACCAAUCUGUACGGCGUGGACGACACGGACUGGCUCCGGGGUCAGGGGCUCAACCCAAACCCGAACACGGGCCCCAGCGUGGACCACACCACCAACUCUUCCAUCGGUUAUUACAUGUAUGUGGACAGUUCAGUGGGCAUCUGGGGAGAGACAGCCAUGCUGUCCAGUGAGGUACUUCUCCCAGCCAGAGGGGGUCACUGUCUCACAUUCUGGUACCACAUGUUUGGCCAGCGUGUUGGGACUCUCAGCCUGUUGGCCACUGACAAGCCUGGUGACAGUGGCUAUGAUACUGGACGCAUGCUCUGGACAGAAUCGGGUAACCAGGGGGAUGUGUGGUUUGAAGACAGUGUCUUUGUGGAGUCUGAUAAACCCUCAUGGUUUAUGUUCAUGUAUCAGAGGGGAGAGUUUCCUGCUGGAGAUGUGGCCUUGGAUGACAUCCAUGUCUCACCAGGCCCCUGCUACCUCGUGAGCCCCACAGCGCCCCCUUCCUCUAGUGAUUCCCUCUUUAUUGCAAUCGGAGUGGUUAUCCCACUGGUGGUGAUUGUAACCGCCAUCGCUGUUCUCUAUAAGCUGCGCAGGAAACUUCAAACUGAUAGUGAACCCAUUAUUGAACAAGACAUGUUGGAUCAGAACCACAGAUCAGCUGUUGGCUUUGAUGACUGCAAGUUAGAUGGCCCAGACACUUGGAGUGGACCUUCGAUCUCUAACAACGUAUAUGAUAUUUCAGAGGCUUAAAACUACACGAAAAUCACAAUAUAUUGAAAUAUUGAUCAAAUGGUGCUGAAGAUGGGAAAUGGAUUGUUUUUGUUGUCCAUUGUCUCAGUCACAUUGUUUAUUGUAUGAGCUUUGAAUCAAGCCAUAUGUUAGAUCCCUUUGUAGACUUCUAAGAAUGAAAGAUUGCAACAUGCAAUCUAACAAUAUGGUCAGUAACAAUAAAAUCAACACAUAUUUCAAAACAGUGGUGAUGUUCAUUCUUGCUCCACAUAUAAAAAGACAAGACUAGACACACAUACUAAAGAAGAAGAAACUGAGCAGAUGAUGUUUUCAACUGAGCAUCUGUAAACGAGUAAUAACUUAGUCACGAGAAAAGUCUGCAUCAGAGGUUUAUUAAUGGGAAACACUCACAUACCCCUUUUCCACCAAAGCCGGGCCGGUGCUGGUUCUGGGCUGGUUCCAAUUCUCGAACCAGUUCUUCGGUUUUCCACACAAAUAAACCUGGCUCUGGUUCCAAAAAACAGGUUCCAACUCAGCACAAACUUUAUGCUGGAAACAAGAACCGGUGACGUCGGGUUCGUCCCGAGGUUAUGGGCGAAGCUACCCCACCAGAAACAGACAUUUCUGCCGCCAUUUUUUCCCACCGUCAACCAAGAUGAUGAGUGAAAACAUAAAUGAAAAAUACAUCCAGCAGUGGAUCACGGAUGAAAUAAAAACCUUGAUAGCGAUUUGGUCAUCAACAGAAAUGCAAGACAAACAGGGGAGAGUCGGAGAUGGCGGGGUUCAAAAGGACAACAGACCAAGUAACAAA